AUAUUGGAAAGUAUUUCAAAGAUUUCCAAAAAUUAUAACAAUUUUUUUUUGCGUUUUUCGACAUGGAGCCUAAUGGACAUUCAUUUCUGGAUAAAGUUAUUGGUAUCGUGAAAGAAGAAACAGCUGACCAUGUACCGCUAAUUGAUUUUAAGCAUCCGAAGGAGUUAGAGGAACUAUUAAGCGAUGAUUUGGAUAUCUCGAAACCGACAAGUGAUUGCGAACUUGAGCGAUCCGUUCGGAAGAUGCUGCAGUAUAGCGUGAAAACGAACAAAACAACUUUUAGGAACCAAUUAUAUGGUGGAACGGAUCCUUAUGGCCUCGCUGGAUCUUGGAUCGCUGAGGCUUUUAACACGAGUCAGUACACGUUCGAAGUAGCUCCCGUUUUCACACUCGUGGAAAUGAAAAUUAUCAAACAUAUUCUGAAGUUAUUUGGUAUUCCCGACGGCGAUGGCAUAUUUAGUCCCGGAGGAAGUAUUUCAAUGCUGUAUGCAUUGGUAGCUGCGAGGUUUAAAGCAUUUCCAGAAAUAAAGGCUAAAGGCAUGCGUAAUCUUCCAGAGAUGGUCAUAUUUUCUUCUACAGAUAGUCAUUAUUCAAUUAUGAAAGCAGCUCAUUGGCUCGGUUUUGGUACAGACAAUGUUAGAAUUAUAAGAACCAAUGAUUUUGGUCAGAUGGUUAUAGAUGAAUUGGAAGCAACUAUUCAGAAGGAGUUGGCGCUGGGAAGAUAUCCUGUACUAGUGAACGCGACUGCUGGCACAACAGUGCUCGGAGCUAUUGACGAUUUAGACGCUGUUGCCGAUGUUUGCGAGAAAUACGGGAUUUGGAUGCACGUUGAUGCGUGUUGGGGCGGAAGUUUAAUAUUGUCAAGUAAAUUUAAGAACAAAUUGAAAGGAAUUGAACGUGCAAAUUCAAUAUCUUGGAAUCCACAUAAAAUGAUGGGGGUACCAUUACAGUGUUCGGCGUUUCUUCUCCGAGAUAGAGGUUUGUUGCACGAAGCGAAUGCUGCCGCCGCACAAUAUCUCUUUCAACAGGACAAGUUCUACGAUGUGCGUUACGAUACCGGGGACAAGAGUGUACAAUGUGGCAGAAAGAUCGACGCGUUUAAAUUGUGGAUGAUAUGGAAAGCUCGAAGCGACACAGGUCUCGGCAAACUUACAGAUCAUGUCAUGGAGAUAGCUGAGUUUUGUUUAGGCGCAGUUGCUCGUAAGGACGGCUUUAGACUAGUAACCGAAUGCUUACAGUGUCCAAAUGUUUGCUUUUGGUACAUACCCAAAUUCAUGCGAAAUGCGGACGAAGAUGAUAAAUGGUGGGAUACAAUGCAUAAGAUAACACCGAAAAUUAAGGAACUUCUUACGAUAAAUUCCCGUUUGAUGGUGGCCUAUUCCCCAUUACGUCACCACAAGAAUUUCUUCAGACUUGCCUUUACUUUUCAUCCGAUAGUAGAAGAAAGGGAAGUUCUGGACAUGUUACAAUCUAUUGAAGAUUGCGGCGAAAUGGUGACACUAUCCAUGCUUUAACAUCUAGUCAUAGAUUUACACUUAAGAUUUAAAUUUAUAUGUCAUUUAUAGUACACAGAUUAUAUAAUAAUUAUAAUAUAAGAUGUAUAAUACAGGAAGGCUGA